AUUCACAAUAUCUAGUCUCCCACAGUACACACAACAGGGAAGUGCAAUUAUUUUAGUAAAUAUAAACUGCUAAAUACUUUUUGUGACUUCUAUCAGUGUCCAGCACAGCACAUGUUCAAGCCUGUAGGAGGAGUUUUCAUUUUGUUUUAGGAGAAUUCAGAACCCCUGACCUCUGUCUGGACAGUGCUGAUUGGUCCUGUGCUGAUCACAUGCACUCAUACAAGACAAGAAAAAAAAACCUCUCAAGCAAUACACACCAAACUGAGCAUGUGCAGAAUUACUCCACACGAAAGUCUUAUCAGGAGAUAAGAGGGGGGGACACUGGAAGAAAGGGAGAAGACAGGAUCAAACAGCCUUUUUACACAAUCCAGAGGAUUAACCCUUUAGGUUCCACAGUAAGUGUAACAAGCAUGCAUUACUGAAUGUACAGGCUGAUUUUACUGUUGUGGGUUUAG